AUGGUGCUACUCCUUAUCUCCAUCCGAUGCGAGCUAGAGAAUCUGACCAACCUUCGGCCUGCGUCAGACGAUUUCACAUACUACAUGAAACUCAGAUGUUCCUGUGGGGAAGUAAGUGAGAAAGAGUCGUCGGUGACAAAAGGGGAGGAGUACGAGAUGAAAGGCAGCCGAGGCACUGCAAAUCUCGUUCAGAAGUGUAAUUUCUGCAGCCGUGUGGGCUCUAUUUCAUUGGUAGAAGGGCAUGGUAAACCCUUUACGGCAGAAGAUUGUGAGAACAGGAAGUUUGUCCCUUUAGUAUGCCUGGACUGCAGAGGAAUGGAGCCGGUGGAGUUUAUUCCCAAGGACGGCUGGCAGGCGGAGGGGGCAGAGUCUGGUACCAAGUUUGAAGACAUUGAUUUGAGCGAUAAGGAGUUUUCGGAUUACGACGAGAAGGCAGGAGAGUCGUCCGCCGCAACUGCCGGCGCGAUGGAUCCCCUGCGGGAGGGCUUUGAUUGGCUGCUGCAUGAGCUCGGCGGAGCGGACGCGGACGAGUUUGCCGCGGGCGGAGGGGACGGCGCAGGCGCGGGGAGCGCUGCGCCGAUGGACGGAAGCAUCGAGGCUUCGCUGGAGGAGUCCGGGUUCGCGGAGCUGCUGACGUGGCUGCGCGAGAAUGGCGCGGAAGGAGACGCGCUGACCGGAAAAAACCUCAAGGUGAAAAAUGUCGCGAUCAUUCAAUGA